AUGCCCCGGCGCGGGGCGGCGGGCGGCGGGAGGUGCCUGCGAGCCUCGCUGGCCUCGCUGGCCCUGGCUCAAAUUGUUCAAAACAGUGCCAUCUGCUGGGGCCGGCUGCGGCACCGAGUCUCGCCCCAAAGCCUGCUUAGCUGUUUUUUGUUCCGCUUCGUAACCAACUUCGGUGUUUUGAUGGAUGAAGCAAUCGGGAUAAACGCUACAGGUUUUAGAAGAUUAAAAAGUAGUUCACAAACCAAGCCAGAAAAACUGUUCGCUGUUGGCUGCUGCUACACCUCCUCCUUUGCUCUCCUCACACUCAUAGGAGGAACAGAAGCUCCACCCAAACUUUCAUUCUACUUCUGCCUGAAGAUCUCAUGCUCAAUCGCCCUGGAUAAAAUGGAAAACAUGAGUUCGGAAGUGACAGUGCCUCGAGCUGAGAUAGUUGAAUUUGAAGGUGUUCCCCUCACAAAACCAAUAUACAGCACACUGGACCAACUGUGCAAGUUCAAGGCCAGACCUGAUGAUCUGCUCAUCGCAACCUAUGCAAAAGCAGGUACCACAUGGACACAGGAGAUAGUGGAUAUGAUCCAACAAAGUGGAGAUGUUGAGAAGUGUAGACGUGCCACUACUUACAGACGCCAUCCUUUCCUUGAGUGGUCUCUCCCACAGCCUCCAGCUCUGCGUUACUCAGGCCUGGAGUUAGCUGAAGCUAUGCCUUCUCCAAGAACAAUAAAAACUCAUCUUCCUGUGCAGCUGGUGCCUCCCUCCUUCUGGGAACAAAACUGUAAGAUAAUCUAUGUGGCGAGAAACGCAAAAGACAACUUGGUGUCAUACUACCAUUUCCACAGAAUGAAUAAAGGAUUUCCAGAGCCAGGAACCUGGGAGGAGUUCAUGGAGAAAUUCAUGACUGGAAAAGUGCUCUGGGGUUCCUGGCAUGACCAUGUAAAAGGAUGGUGGAAGGCAAAAGAUAAGCACCGUAUUCUUUACCUCUUCUAUGAAGAUAUGAAGGAGAACCCAAAGAAAGAAAUUCAGAAGAUUAUGAAAUUCCUGGAGAAGGAUCUGAAUCAGGAGGUUCUAAACAAGAUACUCCAUAACACCUCGUUUGAGGUAAUGAAGGAAAAUCCCAUGGCAAACUACACUAAGGAGUUUCAAGGAGUAAUGGAUCACUCCAUUUCCCCAUUCAUGAGAAAAGGGGCUGUUGGGGACUGGAAGAAUUAUUUCACUGUGGCACAGAAUAAGAAAUUUGAUGAAGAUUAUAAGAAGAAAAUGUCUGACUCCUCUCUUGUUUUUCGCACAGAAUUGUGA